UAAAAAAGAGAGAGUGUGAGAGAGAGAAACAAAAAGUGGAGUCUUUUUUCAUCAUCAAACGAGAGACCCACUUCAAUGUCGCUGCAGAAUCACUGGUGUUAGUGGUGGGUUACAGAGGAAGAAGAAGAAGAAGAUAAAUAAAGGCGUAAGCUUUUUUCAAAACCUUCACCAAAUAAAGGGCUUUCUUAGAUAAGUGAGAAGCAUACCCAAAUUUUUUUCUUCUCUUCUCUCUCUCUCUCUCUCUCUCUCUCUCUUUCUUCUUGUUGGCUUUAGACUUAUGGGUAAGAAAAAGAUGGUCGCUGCGGCGCAUUUUAGCAAGGAGAGGGUUUUUAGAGUGUUUCUGGUUUGGUUCUGCUUUUGGGGAUUGCUCUCUCUAACGUGCGCUGGGAGGCUCAGUGCGUCAAGGCAGAAUUUCGAAGUGCACAAGCACUUGAGACGAUUGAAUAAACCAGCUGUUAAAAGCAUUCAGAGUCCAGAUGGUGACAUAAUAGACUGUGUUCACAUAUCCAAGCAACCAGCUUUUGAUCAUCCUUUCCUCAAAGAUCACAAGAUUCAGAUGAAUCCUAGUUCCGUCCCAGAAUGGAUGUUUGAAGAGAACAAAGUGUCUGAGAAACCAAAAGAGAGAAUCAAUCCAGUCACUCAGUUAUGGCACCGGAGUGGAGUGUGUUCUGAAGGGACAAUACCAGUGAGGAGGACAAAGAGAGAGGAUGUUUUGAGGGCAAGUUCUGUAAAAAGAUAUGGGAAGAAGAAGCACCGUACAGUUCCUCUGCCGAGAUCUGCUGAUCCUGAUCUCAUCAACCAAAGUGGUCAUCAGCACGCUAUAGCUUAUGUGGAAGGAGGCAAGUUUUACGGGGCUAAGGCGACCAUAAAUGUUUGGGAACCAAAAGUACAAAGCCCAAACGAGUUCAGCUUGUCUCAGCUAUGGAUUCUUGGAGGUGCUUUCGGUCAAGAUCUCAACAGCAUUGAAGCUGGUUGGCAGGUCAGUCCGGAUUUAUAUGGGGAUAACAACACAAGGCUAUUCACAUACUGGACGAGCGAUGCUUAUCAAGCUACUGGCUGCUACAAUCUUCUUUGUUCGGGUUUUAUACAGAUCAACAGCCAAAUAGCAAUGGGAGCCAGUAUUUCUCCGGUAUCUGGCUUCCAUAACCCGCAAUACGAUAUCAGCAUUACCAUUUGGAAGGAUCCAAAGGAAGGGCACUGGUGGAUGCAGUUUGGGAACGGGUAUGUGUUGGGAUACUGGCCAAGCUUUCUAUUCUCAUACUUAGCGGAUAGUGCAUCGAUAGUAGAAUGGGGAGGAGAAGUAGUGAACAUGGAAGAAGACGGUCACCACACAACCACGCAAAUGGGAAGCGGUCAAUUUCCGGGUGAAGGGUUCACGAAAGCGAGUUACUUUCGGAAUAUUCAAGUGGUCGAUAGCUCCAAUAAUCUGAAAGAACCAAAAGAGCUCAACACUUUCACUGAGAAAUCGAAUUGCUAUGAUGUUGAAGUUAAUAAGAAUGAUGAUUGGGGACAUUACUUUUACUAUGGAGGUCCUGGAAGAAACCCUAAGUGUCAGUAGAGGAUGAACAGAAGAAAGAAGAUGAUGAAGAAGAAAGAUGUAGAGGAACACUGUACUGAUUUUUUUACUUAUGUUAAGUGAAGUGUGAAAAUAUCGUUUUUUGCUGAUUUUCUUUCACUUUAUUAUAUGUUUUUUCUUCUGGACAUUGUUUUGUUUUGUGAUUUCUAGGAUUGGUUAGGUUUUAGUUUUGGUUUUGGGUUUUUAUUUGUCUCUUUGGGUUGUAACUUGUAAGAGAACAAAUUUUGUCUGUAGUUUGGAAGUGUGAAAGAGAGAAUUUUGUAAUCUCUCUCUUGUUUUGUAACCUUAAAGAUAAAGGUUUCGGACCUUUGAAUUGCGUUGGAGUCUUUUCUCCGUUGCAUUUGCCUAUGAAUUAUG